AUGCCUCUCGUUCGCAAAAAUGACCGCAGGAAGUCAGAGAGAUCAGAACCAGAAGAACAACCCAUGACUGAGAUCAGGACGUCGGCGGCAUCAACCAUGUCGUUGUACGAGAACGACGAUCCAUACUUCGAAAGGCCCCAGUCAGUACAUCCUGUGUACGGCAGUUUCAGAGAGGAUGUACAACCGAUACAACCUGCCCUUAUGCGUCGAUCGGGUCUGUCCGACCUUCACAACCGAACACUACCAGAUCUUAUGACGGAGAGUAUUCAAGACAGUCCAUUGGAGACCUCCACUGGAAGCUUUCCACCUUUUGCCCCCCGAGCAACUUCUUCUUACUCUGAAACCGGAACGAGAAGCUCGUCACCGUUUCCUUCCGCAUCAACACCAUUUAGAAGUCAAGAAACGUUAAAACCUCUCGUCCCCGACGCAUCUCCAACAUAUCUGAAACGAGAUUGGGUCAAAGAUGGAUCCAUCGCUCAACUGCAUUCAAGAGAUGACAAGGAGCUGCUUUUUGGCUGGAAGAGAUGGUUAUUCUACUGGUUCGCUCCGUUGCUGGCACUUGUUUCACUCUCCUUAUACUGGUUCUACUUCGGCCUGCGAAUCAAGUUCGUCGUCUCUGCUCAGCAAAAAUACGACGCGCCCUUUCCUUUGGCAUGGAUCUUUAUUGCCGUCGAAAUCAGCGUCGCCAUCCCAAUCUUCAUGCAGACUUUUUGGUCACUAUUCAUCCUGAAGAAAAGAAAUAGACCAAAAUUGCGACUGGUGGGAAACGAUGUCCCAACUGUCGAUGUUUUCAUCACUUGCUGUGGAGAGGACAAUGAUCUCAUUCUCGAUACUGUUCGCGCAGCUUGUGACUUGGACUACCCUCAUGAUCGAUUUCGAAUCAUCCUCCUAGAUGAUGGCAAGGCAGAUGAACUCAAGACUGCCCUGGAAGAGAUGCGAGAAUCAUUCCCCAAUCUGUUCUACAGACGUCGGCCCAAGUUUCCUGGAGUCCCACACCACUUCAAAGCUGGUAAUCUCAAUUACGGACUGGACGAAGUUCACAACCUGCCUGGUGGUGCGGCUGAAUUCAUGGCUGCUUUGGAUGCCGACAUGAUUCCGGAGCAAAUUUGGUUGCGAGCAGUUUUGCCCCAUCUCCUCUUGGACGAUAAGAUGGCUCUUGCUUGUCCACCUCAAUUGUUCUACAACGUACCCAAAGAUGAUCCUCUCUGUCAGAGUCUUGAUUUUUUCGUCAGUGUUUCGGAACCUGUCAAGGAUGCCUUGGGCGUUGCUUGGUGCACUGGAUCAGGUUACGUGGUUCGAAGAGUAGCUCUCGAUCAAAUUGGCAACUUUCCUUGUGGAUCUUUGGCUGAAGAUGUCGCCACUUCAACCCUCCUUCUCGGUAAAGGGUGGAAGACCGCCUAUGUCCACGAACCUCUCCAAUUUGGUACUGUCCCAGAAGAUUAUGGCAGCCAUUUGAAACAGCGAACCAGAUGGGCAAUCGGCACCGUCGACACUGCUUUCAAGCUUCGAUUCUGCCUUUGGGGUGACAAUAUCAAGCAUAUGACCUUCGCACAGCGAGCUUCAGGCUUCAUUUACGCCUUUUUGAGCUUGUUCAACAUCUUCCUCACUCUGUCGAUCUUCGCCAUGCCGGUAGUAUUGAUCACCAAUAAACCACUCGUGGCGUAUGCUACAGAAAACCAACUUCGAUGGUUGAUUCGAGCCUGUUUCGCCGCCAUGGUCUGUAAUCGAUUAUGCGAAUUCGUCCUCUUCCUGCCUUCCGGGUACGCCACCGGACAACGUGGAAGUCGAUCCCAGCUUUGGAUGAGCCCCUACAUCGCCAUCACUAUUGUUCGAUCCUUCAUUCUUCCGACUUGGCUCGGAGGACAAACUCAGGCAUUCAAGCCCACAGGAUCGCUCAAAUCCGCUCUCCAUGAAAGAUAUCCCAAACAGCGAGCGCCGAUGUAUCGACGUAUCUGGACGAUUCUUGUCAAUUAUCUGGCCGGAUUCCAUGUCGCUUAUGUUUACUUUGUCCUAGUUGCUAUCUGUCUCUCAACCUACCGAUGUUUCCUGCAAGACACUUUACGAGCCAAGUUGGUAUGCCUUCUCACUCAUGCCUUCUGGCCACCGCUUACUUGGGUCAUUGUGGUCUCCUCGUUCUGGAUCCCAUUCACUUAUGCGGUUGAUCCACCCGACAUGCCGGACCGAGAAGAGCUCCUCAUCAGAGAUCCGAAGACAGGAAUCGCACAUCCAACGCCGGAAAGUAAGAAAAUCGCUUUUGCACCUCAAACGUUCCUGUUUGAAUUCGAAUACUGCGUCACCACCGCAUUCACUGCUCUCGUGUUCGGUGCGGCUUUCUUUUACUAA